AUGAAGUCCACCUUUCUUCUCGCCAGUAUUCUGGCGUCCCUCUCACUCGUCAGCGCGCAAUUCGGAUUUCCAACCGAUUUCACCAUCACACGAACAGUCGCGGGCACUCCCACCACCACCUCGACAACCUCUACCACACCCACGCCCUCAACAUCAAAGCCAUCCACCACGCCGUCCAAGCCCAGUAGCAGCAGCAGCACCUCGCAGCCGCCACCGCCGCCGUCCACACCCAGCCCUUCCACUUCCACUUCCACUUCCACUUCCUCAUCAACUAUCCCGCAUUCCGGCGGAACAACCAUCAUCGCAACAACGCUGAGCACAGUGACCGUUCUCCCGUCCAAACCGGUCUUCUUCCCGCUCCUCGCACCUGCGUUUCCUCGUAUGCCGGCAAAGGCCGCGGCAGUCACGCGGAUUUGA